AUGGCGCAGUUGAAUGAGGUACGUGGCCGAUUGGCCCUCAUCACAGGGGCAUCUGGAGGGAUUGGAGCAGCAUGUGCUCGUCAGCUGGCCCAGAAGGGAGUCCACCUCGCCUUGACGUACUCUACCAACCUCGACGCAAUGAAGGCCCUUGUAAAAGAGCUUAAAUCUAGCCAACCGGCCGCAGAUGGCGCCGAUGCACUUCGCAUCUCAAUCCACCAGGUUGACGUUGCAUCUGCAGAGCAGAUCCAGACCAUGUUCGAGCAGAUUGACAAGGAGCACGGGCAGCGACCGGACAUUCUUGUCUCCAACGCAGGCUACGGCAAGCGCAUCCCACAGGUCUGGGAUAUCUCACUGGAAGAAUUCGACUAUACCAUCAACGUGAAUCUGCGGGCCUCCUUUAUCCUCGUGAAGGGGGUUGUCGACCACAUGAGGGAGCAGCGCUGGGGUCGGAUCGUCUUUAUGUCGUCGAUUGCUGGGUACGGCGGUGGAAUCAACGGAUGUCAUUAUGCUGCGUCGAAAGGUGGGAUGACAGGCAUGAUGAAGAAUCUCGCGACCCGUCUGGCUGAAUAUAAUAUCAGCGUCAAUGACGUGGCGCCGGCCAUGAUCGGCGACACUGGCAUGAUUCCCAGCGCUCAAGCCAUCCCUGAUGUUGCAGCGGGAAUUCCGCUUGGUCGACUGGGUACCCCUGAGGAAGUGGCUAAUGUUGUGAGCAUGCUCGUAACGACGGGAUAUAUGACUGGCCAGAGUUUGCUGCUGGCGGGUGGUUUAAAGUAG